AUGGACCUACCAUUUCAUGACGAGCCAGCUCACGUGAAGUAUUACGGCAUUGACAUGGCCAACUUCCACGCGGCCGGUGACGAGCCAGGCGUCAAGUACCACGGCGUCGACGCUAUGGGCAACAGCGAUGGGUGUUCCGACACGAACAAGGAGGCUUAUACACCGGCAGAGGUGUAUGAUCAGGACACUGGCAAGCAAGUAUCGAGCUCGGGGGACUACCAUGGCGAACAACCAGGGUACUACUAUGGCGAACAGCAGCCUCCAUCAUCCUUCACCCUCAGCGAUAAAGAGGUAGCGGUGGAAGCGCAACCUACAGCCAAACGUAAUUGGUGGAAGCGCAAACGGUUCUGGACUGCGGCCAUUCUGACCUUGAUUGCCAUUGGCGCAAUCGUUGGUUGUGUCGUGGGACUGAAAAAAACGUCGUCAUCGGGGAAUGACGAGGCAAAAUCAGCACCAGAACCCGGCACGAUCAGCGCUUGCCGAGGGACAACAUGCAACCAAGUGCUCAGUGCCUCCAGUGUCGGCAACGAGCUGCAAAUCUUGGCGAGGGGGCAAGACCAGGGACUAUGGACGAGGGUAUUCAACGGAACAUCAUGGACAGAAGACUGGACUAGCCUGGGUGGCUCCUUCACGAGCCAGCCAACCUCGGUCGUUCGGAACAGCGGCAACCAGAUAAACGUGUUCGGCCUGGACUCUUCUGGAGCGUCUGUCGUAACGAAGAGUUAUCAAGACGGCCAAUGGAGUCCAGCAUGGCUCGCCUUAAAGGAAGCAGGUAGCUCGCCUGUCGGUGCCUGCUACCUGCAACGGCCAAACAUCGACCGGGCCGAUAUAUUCGUUCGCGACGCAGACGGAAGCACCAAUAUCCUUCAUGACUGGUGGAAUGCAGACAAGGGAGAGUGGUGGGGCCAAUCAUCGAGUUGGGAUAACACUGCUUAUGCCCCGGCCUACGUGACGCACAACCAGUACGACGAGAACGCAGGAGCCUGGAGAGGGUGGAGCGACCGCGGGGGUUCGUUCGUGGGUGAUCCGGUCGUGGUGUCCCCAUCGGACUCGCAGGUCGACUUCUUUGGAACGGGAAGUGAUGGUGCUAUAUACCACUUCUCGUGGGACAGCACCUCCAACUAUACGAGUCUCGAGUCUCUCGAGGGCACCUUCGAAAACAUGCCAACUGUGGUCGUCACCAGCUCUGAAAGACUAGACGUUGUUGCCGUGGGCACAGAUGACAAGCUGAACAUCGCGCGCUGA